AUGAUCACGGUGAGACUGCAGGUAGACAGUGGCGGUACCCUUUAUCGAGGAUUUCGUCAAUCUGCAGUACGCAUCUUCCGUGAAGAAGGUGUGCUUGGUCUUUGGCUGCCCGGGCUCGUGGCCACAUGGAUGAGGGCCUUCACGCAAACUGGUCUGCGGUUGGGCCUCUACCCUAGCAUCAAGCGCCUCUAUCAAAGAGCUGGUCUUGGCAACGACACUCUUGCCGUCAAAAUUUGCUCUGGUGCCACAACCGGCAGCUUUGGGGCGGCUCUUGCGAAUCCUAUCGAUCUGGUCCGCGUGCGCCUCCAGGGUGAAGCUGGACUGCUGAGAAAUGGGGUUUACACCACGGGACUUCAUGCAGGGCAUGGUCCCCGGCAUGCUCAUACAGUGCGCGCAUUCGUAGACAUUUUCCAGCAAGAAGGUCUCGGCGGUCUCUGGCGCGGCGUCUCAGCCAAUGUGGCUCGUGCCUCACUGCUGUCGAGUGCGCAGCUGACCACCUAUGACCAGUGCAAGCAGGUGGCCGUUCGCGCGGGCUGGGUGGAUGGUCCAAGACUGCACCUGUGCAGCUCCUGCCUUUCAGGCUUCGUCGCCCAGAUUGCCUGCAUGCCCGCGGAUGUUGUGAAAACUCGUGUACAGUGCGGGGCAGGAGUGUUCCAAAGCCCUCUGCAAUGUGCCGCCUACAUACUCCGUGAGGAGGGACCCCGGGGCUUCUACCGGGGCUUCGCUCCGGCGGCGGCGCGCCAAGUCCCUGUCAUGGCUGUGCAGAUGCCCAUUGUCGAGCAGCUUCGCAAGAGACUCUUCGGCCUCAGCUAUAUGUAG